AUGCCUGCCCACAUUUUUGAGUCUUCAUCUUCAUCCCAGGACUUUUCCUAUGCGGAUAUCUACUCACCCUCCAUGAUUAGCAUUUUAGAAGGACAUGAAAAUUGGAGCAACGAUCGCUCACGACGAAACGAGGAGCUGAGGACGGCGGUCAAGGAGAGACUUUGCGAAGGCGUCCCCGUCGAGGACUUCGUCCACCACGUCUGGAGGCUUCCACUUGACAAGAUGCAGGUCAUCAUGGAGCAAGACUGGCCCGUCUGUCAGAAUCAUUUGGACAGGUAUCGAGCGACACUAGAAGGAAGGGGAAACCAAUCCACCUCAUUUCGCGUCAUCUGCUCGCGACUUUUGAACGACGUGCAUGAGGCGUUCGGGAUGCGAACCAGGGAGAUGGAGGACGAAUUCUUGGAUUCAAGAGGACGGCCUUGCCUCGAAAACGCGUAUGUCGAUGGCGAUCCGGAUUUUGUACGCGUCUGGAAGAGCGAUCGGCAAGAUGCCCUCCCCGACUGGGAGUCGGUCAAGACCUUCAUUAAUUUUACUGCCGUCGAUUCUACGCGUCGUCAGCAAGUGGGCGAAUCAUUGGAAGAACCGGAACACAUCUUCGGCCCACCUCACUAUGUCACACUUGCCCACCCCUUCGACCAACCUGGUGCUUUCCAAACGAUGUCAACCACCAAUGACAUCACGGACGACGAGCUGCGAAUAGCGCUCUACGCCAAGGAAUGCUUCACGGUUUACGCCGACCGGUCAUACGUGACCGCGCUCCUUAUAGACGGUUUCAAAGGCUCGCUGUGGUACUUCGACCACCACCUCGCGAUGCACACCGUGUCUUUUGAUUUCAGCUCGCGUCUCGGACUCCGCUACCUCGCGCUUGUUUUAUUUGCUAUGGCUAAGUGUGAUAUGCAAGGCGCGGGGUUUAACCCGUUAUUCCAGCGCCUUCACGGUCUGUCGUCGGGGGAUCGAGUGGCAUGGACGCCCAUAGAUAAUCCGGCGAAGGUAGCGGACGAUAAUUGUUAUGUUUUCCCGCUCCGAAAGGGAGAAAAGCAGAGGCGGUUCUUCGUUAUUGACGACUGGGUGGACGCAACGUACCGGUUUAUAGCGCCUGGGACGACAACACACAGUGUCCGGACAGGUGUGCUAGGCGGCAAGGUUUCGUAUGACAGCCAGACGCUGAAGAUGACUUGGAGGCCGCAAGAUGAGGAUCACGAGCAAAUUACCCUGGGGCACAUUAUGGCACCUCUCCCAGAUGAGUGGCUUGCCCAUGUUCCGUUGGAGAUCACUUUCGCGGCUGCGUAUUCCGUUGAGGAUCUGCAAUUUCCAUGGACGAAGAUGGAUAUAAGGCUACCACCGGAGUUAGAAGAUGUCGAUCCUCCUUCUCUUCACGUGUCGGUUUAUCCGGAGUGCCAACCACUCUGGGAGGCGGGCAGUGUCAAGGACUUCAAACGAGUUUUUAUUCAUUGCCUUGAAUGCCACUACCACGCCUACAAAGACGCUGAGCACCUUCAUGGUGCCAUUGGCGAGAGAAGUCUGAAAGUGAAAAAUUGCACAAACGCAGACGGCAGGCGCAGGCGCCCACUGGGUAUCCUUACUGAUUGGGAAAUAGGUCCGCAACCACGACAGGAGGACGACACAGAGCAUCCCAUGGAAGUCGGCCACGGAUCGGGUCCCUUCACUUUUAUCGCGGCGGAGCUUGCUCUCGACAUACAAGUUUUCGGAACGGCGAGGAUGCAUUACUAUCGACACGACCUCGAGUCAUUCUUCUACGUCCUCGUCUGGGCGUGUGUCCACUACAACCUGAACGACAAACACCGAGACGCCGUAGACCCGCACGGAGUGCUGCGAGAGUGGUCCUCCAAGGAAUCCUCACCCAGAAGCAAGAUGGAGUUCAUCAACAGCCGAUACGGUUAUGGCGACAAGGUUAGCGACUUGGUGAAGAGCGAAUGCGACGAGCUUUACGAGACGUGGGUGCGUCCGUUGAGAAGACUCUUUCGCACGGCGUUCGCUUCAAUCCCCGGAGAAGGUGAUGACGAUGAGGACUAUGAUUUCGAGACUUGCAAUGGCCUUCUCACUUUCGAGAACUUCAUGCAGGUUAUUGGACAAACACCUAGGAGGCUCGAACCUCGGUAA